CCAACAUUAAUGUGCUACCGUUCCAUCAACCCGCGGCAGCAGAGUCCGCCCGUUAUCUAUGUCAUGCGACAACUCUGCAUUGUUUGUAACUGAUAAGAUACCGUGUCCUAGAUGGCCGUACUCAUAAGCGUGUGAGCUAUGGCACAUUAUAAGUGGGUAAUCGUCUACGCUUUCCUCGUCUCUGUGUGCAAAAGUUACGGUGCUGCGGUACGUAAUCUGCGGUUGGCCGACCACGAUGCGGCAUGUCACGACGGGACCAGACCAGCCAUCGUAAAUGGGACGUCAACUUUUAUCCUCAGCCACGAUUACGAUGGCCAGUCAAAGUACCCAAAAAAUGCUUUCUGCAUGUGGCAGCUCGUUGCACCGCCAGGAAAGCCACAUUCCAGUCGAGAUCAGCUCCUUCCUGUCUUGCAGGCAAUUGAACUUAUCGUUGAGGAAUUCUCCCUGCAGAGCUCAUUUGAGUGUAACACGGAUUUCGUCAGCGUCUACGACGUCGGCAAUUUCACUUUGCCCCUUUCCGAGGCUCCGACACCGCUGUACAAGUGGUGUGGUCGUGCGGCGCCGAGUGAGGUGAUCUUCACCGGAUCGGUCAACGUAGUGUUUCGCUCGAACGACCGGGUUGAACUGACGGGGUUCGUCAUGUUGUACAGGCUAAUUGACAGACCCACUGAAGAAAAAUGUGCAUCUGGUGAGCUGCGGUGCAGAAACAAGCGCUGUGUUUCUUCCGCGAGUAAGUGCGAUCACGUCGACGACUGCGGAGAUGGCACGGAUGAAGAAAAGUGCGGUUUUCCUCUACAGAAGUCACUCAAUUGUGGAGAGCCUUCCGUGCGUCCAGUUCUACCGGACUCCGCCGAAGACGUCUACAUCGUUGGCGGUCGCAACGUGAGGCCCGACAGCUGGCCCUGGCAGGCGUCUCUCGCGCUGAGAGGUGGGACCAUUCGCGACCACAAGUGCGGAGCCACGGUCAUCAACGAGCAGUGGUUGCUCUCCGCCGCUCACUGUUUUCGAAGCUGGUCCGAUCCAAGCGAUUGGAUGGUCUACGUGGGGAAGACGUACCUCAUGGAACAGGAGCCGGCGGAGCAGUUGAGAUACGUCGAGGAUGUGUUUGUUCAUCCUGGCUAUCAAAUGGAGCUGUUUUCAGACUCGCUGAAAAAUCGUAAGGAUCAUGACGUGGCCCUGCUCAGGCUAAAUGCUCCGCUGACCUUGAACAAACACGUGCAGCCAGUCUGUGUGGAAGAAAUUCCGGAUCUGAAGGCGGGCACCAGGUGUUACAUUACCGGAUGGGGCAAGACGAAAGAUAGCGAGAAGAGCCUGAUUUUGCAACAGGGAGCAGUGUCAAUUUUCUCCUUGGAAGACUGCAUCAAAUUUUACAACGGAACUUUCGUCGUAAAUCACCUCAUGUAUUGUGCUGGAUACGUUGACGGAAGGGUUGACGCUUGUCAGGGUGACAGCGGCGGACCACUCGUCGUCAACCUUUCAGCGAAGUGGUUCCUUGCAGGCAUCGUGUCGAGUGGCCUGGACUGCGGUGCCCCGGAGCAGCCAGGAAUUUAUUCCAAGAUCAGUCCACACUAUAGGUGGAUCCAGAACACCAUCGCAAAUAGUAGCUUUAACUCCGAAAAGUAAUACUGCUCAUGAUUUCUCUUUCUGUUAGUAUUUGACUUUUGUCUAUGCCGAUAUCAGUUGAUGAGACUUGAUCACCCGCACAAAGUACUUGCACCACCUACAAUAACAAAAAAAUUCCUCUACUCUCUGCACCAGCUGAUGGUGUCAAACUGGAACGACCUCCCAGCCCACAUAGCAUAUCAGAACAAAAUAUAUCGUCAUUUAUUUCCAAGUGCUAUGAUCGUUUUCAGAACGAACGAAUUUCUUUGUGUUGAGUGAACGAAUUUUGUGUAUUUUUGUGUACAUCGUUUUGGUAUAUGUCGUUUGUUUGAUACAAAGCCUCUUCCUUUUAUGUAAAUCCCUUCACGAGGGUCUUUAAAGUAAAUAAAUGAAGUGAAAUUUUA